AUGGCUACAACGGUCAACAGCAACAUCGAUCCGGCUCUGCAGCAGCGAAGUCCUCUGACGAGCCCUCGAGAGGCACGACACGCGUAUCCCAACCCGAACGGCCCAUCAUAUUCGCCUGUCCAGCCUAUACAGCCAUCUCCCAACUCCUUCCAAGGACUGCCACCAACACCCACCUACUAUAACAAGCCAUCUCAAGACAGUCCUGAGCAAGAUGCCAGCCCGAGAGGCGACCCUUCUGAUCCCAAUGACAUCAAGAGGCCACGCGCGUGUGAAGCAUGCCGCGGGCUGAAGGUGAAAUGCGAGUUCGACGACAAUGUCAACCCAGAUGUCUGCAAACGAUGCACGAAAGCCGGCCGGCAAUGUAUUGUGACUGCUCCCAGUCGCAAGCGGCAGAAAAAGACGGAUAGUCGAGUCGCGGAACUGGAGAAGAAAAUCGAUGCUCUCACUGCGACUCUAGCUGCACAAGGACACAGCGAGGCAGAUAUACACCACUCGGCUGCGCAUGGAGGCCUGCCACAGUCCCGCCCUCCUCCAUACUCCGAGCCAUGGCCGCAAGGGCAUCCGCAGGCCCAUCCUCAAAUGUAUCCAUCUCCGCAGAAUGCAAGUCAAGGCGUGAAGCGGAAGAUAGAAGCCGAUCACGACUACUUCGGUGGCGAGCUGAAGAGAUCACAACAAGCUGCUGCUUUCAAGGCGUCGCCUGCACCAGUACACAUACCGCCGUACAGUCGAGAACCGUCGAUCAAGCAAGACUACGAAGACUCACAAUGGCAAAACGUGGAUGUCAUUUCGAUUGGACUCAUAGACGAAGCCACAGCCAAACGUUGCUUUGAACGCUAUGUCAACGAGAUGAGCCCGCACUUGCCGAUCGUCGUCUUCCCGGCUGGUACAGUAUGGGACCAGAUACGCAGAGAUAGACCUAUCUUGUUCCUGGGUGUGCUUGCGGUUGCGUCAGGCACUAUCAGGAACGACCUGCAGCAGAAAUUACUCUCGAAGCUGACCAGGAUACUGGGCGAUCGGAUCGUACAUCGCGGCGAGAAAUCGCUCGAGAUUGUGCAAACCAUUCAAUGUAUAACCACCUUCUAUCAGCCACCAGAGAAAUACGAAGAGCUUAAUUUCAACCAGCUCAUUCACAUCGCGGCUGUCAUGGCCCUCGACCUCGGCAUGGGGAAGCGCUUCAAAAAGACCGAUAUGGCUCUUUGGAAAGGUUAUGCCGAUGCCAGGAGCAAAUCACAUGAUCCAGCGAGCGCUGAGACACGACGUUGCUGGCUUGGCUGCUACUUUAUGUGCUGCAAUUCAGCCAUGUCACUGAGACGUCCGCUGCUGGUACGAUGGAGCAACUACGCCGACGAAUGUAUCAAUAUGCUGCAGAGUGCCGAGGAUGCCGCUCCGACAGAUCCAUGGCUAUGCUUCCUGGUGCGAGGUCAGCAUAUUGUGGAAGACAUCGGCCUCGAAUUCUCCAUGGACGAUCCAGCAUCCCAGGUGUCACUCACUGACCACAAGACUCAGUAUCAUCUCAAAGCCUUUGAACGUCAGCUUGAAGAAUGGUGCAAUUCGGCCACGCCGGAGAUGAAGAAGCAGCCGAUCAUGCGGCACAUGAUGGGCAUCAUCAAUCUUUAUAUGCACGAGAUCGCUAUGCACCACAACCACAACAUUGAUGAUUUCAAGCCGCCGUUCAACGCUACUCCAAUCGACGGCCCACCAGACCCGGAUUUUGUGACACCGGCGCAUAUCGAGUCACUCACGACUUGCAUGAAGUCCGUUCACGAUGUAUUCGAAGCCUUUCUCUCGAUGGAUGUCCAGCAACUACGGAGUCUUCCAACAUUAUUCUUUGUCCGAAACUCCUAUGCCGCAGUCGCUCUCAUCAAAAUGUACACCGCUGUCUCAGCCAAGGGGUCAAAAUUUGGUUCCAUCAUCAGUAUUGAAGAUCUCAAGGUCGAUUACUACCUCGACAGAAUGGUCGAUCGCCUAGCAAACACGGCCGAAGGACACAUGUGCAAAGUCGCGCAAAAGUUCACGAUCAUCUUUACCAUGUUGAGGCAGUGGCACGUUCGACGGACUGAUCACAGCAACAGUAGCAAUCCUGUGUCUCGGCAGCGCACGCCUCUACCGAAUCCUGCCUCUCAACGUCGCGCGUCAGCUAAUACCGGCCCACAGCAGCAACAGCCCCAGCCAUACCUUCCUGGUCACCCACCGCCAAUGUCAUCAUGGACAGGCCACCCUCAACAGAUCCCGCCACCUCAUCAUGGACCUCCGCAUGGACAACAGCAUUCUCAUGCGCCACAGGGCCCGCCUCGGUCAGGUCUACAGAUGCUUUCAGAUGCAGCCAUGAAUCCAGCUGUUCCUCCACAGCAACAACUGGGCCCUCACCAGACCCCGCCCCAACAGCAACCACAAUGGCUGCCACCACUCAAUACCAUGCCUCCUCCACCGGGCAUGCCAAACGAUAUGCUCAAUCCAGGCGGCUACCCGAUGAAUAUGGGCGAGUUUCCUGACCUGGAUCUCAAUAUGAUGGCGUACGGUUUUGGGGAUGAGUUCGUUGCUAUGGGCUACGGUGUUGGCAUGGGUAUGGGUGGGUUGGAAGGGGGACCGGGGCAGAAUGGGUGGAAUUUUUAA